AUGGAGCGCGCGCCGCCCGACGGGCUGCUGAACGCGUCGGGCGCUUUGGCUGGUGAGGCGGCGGCCGCAGGCGGGGCGCGCGGCUUCUCGGCUGCCUGGACCGCUGUCCUGGCUGCGCUCAUGGCGCUGCUCAUCGUGGCCACAGUGCUGGGCAACGCGCUGGUCAUGCUCGCCUUCGUGGCGGAUUCGAGCCUCCGCACCCAGAACAACUUCUUUCUGCUCAACCUCGCCAUCUCCGACUUCCUCGUGGGUGCCUUCUGCAUCCCGUUGUAUGUACCAUAUGUGCUGACGGGGCGCUGGACCUUUGGCCGGGGCCUCUGCAAGCUGUGGCUGGUGGUCGACUACCUGCUGUGUGCCUCCUCAGUCUUCAACAUCGUGCUGAUCAGCUAUGACCGAUUCCUGUCCGUCACUCGAGCUGUCUCCUACCGGGCCCAACAGGGGGACACACGAAGGGCGGUGCAGAAGAUGGCACUCGUGUGGGUGCUGGCCUUCCUGUUGUAUGGCCCUGCCAUCCUGAGCUGGGAGUACCUGUCUGGUGGUAGCUCCAUCCCCGAGGGCCACUGCUACGCUGAGUUCUUCUACAACUGGUACUUUCUCAUCACGGCCUCUACCCUCGAGUUCUUCACGCCCUUCCUCAGCGUCACCUUCUUCAACCUCAGCAUCUACCUGAACAUCCAGAGGCGCACCCGCCUCCGGCUUGACGGGGCCCGUGAGGCUGGUCCAGAACCCCCACCUGACGCCCAGCCCUCACCACCUCCCGCUCCUCCCAGUUGCUGGGGCUGCUGGCCAAAAGGGCAUGGGGAGGCCAUGCCACUGCACAGGUAUGGGGUGGGCGAGGCAGGCCCCGGCGUUGAGACUGGGGAGGCUGCUCUCGGGGGUGGCAGUGGUGGGGGUGCCGCUGCCUCACCCACCUCCAGCUCUGGCAGCUCCUCGAGGGGCACUGAGAGGCCACGCUCACUCAAAAGGGGCUCCAAGCCAUCAGCAUCUUCAGCAUCCCUGGAGAAACGCAUGAAGAUGGUGUCCCAGAGCAUCACCCAGCGCUUCCGGCUGUCACGGGACAAGAAGGUAGCCAAAUCGCUUGCCAUCAUUGUGAGCAUCUUUGGGCUCUGCUGGGCCCCAUAUACACUCCUAAUGAUCAUCCGAGCUGCCUGCCACGGCCACUGCAUUCCCGACUACUGGUACGAGACGUCCUUCUGGCUCCUGUGGGCCAACUCAGCCGUUAACCCUGUCCUCUACCCGCUGUGCCACUACAGCUUCCGCAGAGCCUUCACCAAGCUCCUCUGCCCCCAGAAGCUCAAGGUCCAGCCCCACGGCUCCCUGGAGCAGUGCUGGAAGUGA